CACCUCCGUUUGUUCAAUAGGCGAGCAAAAAAAGGCGACGACGGACGGUGCGAAUGAAGCAGUGCUAGCGCGUUUGUGUUUUCCAAUCGGUGAAAAACUUCCCGUUUUUCGUUUAUUAUUUUUUACCAGCUCUGUUACCGAUUUGUGCUUUCACCUUGUGGUCCGUCGUCGCAGCGAAGUGAUUCUGUGAUAAUAUAUACGUCUAGUUUGUUGUGCGCUCGAUGCGUUUGGAAUGCGAAUGCUGUCUGUGUUCCCCCGGCAAUAGUGAGUAACUUCACUCUGUUCCCAUUAUCGUGUGACACCACCACGGUCAUGGUUUAGGCGAAGAGAACGAGCAGGCAGACGACACAAUACGGCCACCAAUUAGUCCGUUUUGCACAGUUUUCUCCAGUGUAUGCUUCCGGCUGCUUCUCGGGGUAGCAUCCGUGGUGUUCCGGUUCUGGUCCAGAAGGCGUUUUAUGUGUGUUGUUUUACAAGCUAUCGUUUCGAUAAGGUAGCAGCUCCACCCGUACGCGAGUGAGGGGUGAAAAUUCCGAAUGGGCAGUAAGUGGUGCAUCCCGCAAUAGAAAUCGCUCCACACAUAUGAUCGUGACCCGUGGAAAAAGCGCGGCGGCCCACAUAAAGUGUUAUUUUUAUUUUUCGCGUUAGGGUUCGGGGAGCCGUUUCUCCUUUGUACCCUGGUCGUGUGAUUGUGUUGUAUGUAAAAAAGCUUUAAAAUUAUUAGUUUGCACGUUUAAAUGGUUGCAAGUAAGUGAGUGGAAGGAUGUCGAAAAGCAAAACAGCGCAUCCAAAAAUCGACAGCGAUCGUGUAGAAAUUAAAUCGAAGUUUGAUGCUGAAUUCCGACGAUGGUCCGUAAAACGUUCCGAGCAGCAUUCCUUCGAAGAGUUCCAGUCGCUAAUCGAGCGGCUGCAUAAGCUGGACCGCUCCCAGCUACUCGUUUCCUACAUCGAUCCGCGGGAUAACGAUUUGCUACCGAUCAACAAUGACGACAACUUUGGUAGGGCGCUCACAACGGCUCGGCCCUUGCUGCGCGUGAUUAUACAGAAGAAAGGUGACAGCAUCGAAGAGCGAACGGGUUACGGUACCAUUCGGCCCCGAAAUCUCAUCAGCAGCAUUCUUGGACAAACUCCAGUAAAACCGAAAGGUUUGGCGAUAUCUAAUCCGCACGAUUUUCGACAGGUAUCUGCUAUCAUCGAUGUAGACAUCGUCCCGGAUACAUGCCGACGUGUCCGUCUGCUGAAGCAUGGUAGUGAAAAGCCGUUGGGAUUUUACAUUCGCGAUGGCACAUCGGUGCGUGUAACGGCUAAUGGGUUGGAAAAGCUGCCCGGUAUCUUUAUCUCUCGGCUCGUGCCCGGUGGUCUGGCCGAAAGUACGGGCCUGCUGGCGGUGAACGACGAGGUGCUGGAGGUAAACGGUAUCGAGGUGCUGGGCAAAACGCUGGAUCAAGUGACGGACAUGAUGGUAGCGAACAGCUCGAACCUCAUCAUCACGGUCAAGCCCGCCAACCAGCGUACCCUAGCGCCGCCCCGUCGCGGAUCGUUCUCGCGCAAUAGUCAGCUAUCCGGUGGAUCGCACCAGUCGCAACAUACCACGGGUUCGGACGAGAACGAUCAGGACGAUCAGGAUGAGGUGGUGGAUCUGAUUGAAGCAGUCACGCUAGAGGAGAGCAAUCUCAUCUCCCAGAAGGAUGGUGUGUUGCAUUUGUAAUAAGAAGUCACAACGAUCUGUGUACGGUAACAGCAACUAUUGCGAUCAUCAACUCCAAAUUUGGCGCUUUCAAACGCGUGUUAUAAAUUGUCAGAAGCGGAGGCCAGCACCAUUAUUGGUUGUAUUGCCCUAUUUGUGAAGAUUGCAUUUUUUUAGGUUCGUCAGAGCCUGACACUGUGCAACACGGUUUGACGAACGUACAACUACUACAGAAAGUGCCUGGCAGUUACUUCCAACACUGAAGUCAAUUCCUUUUGUUGGAAAUUUAUUGGACGGUUGAGGAACAUUCAUACAACAGAGAAAAACUCACAUAAAUCGUUACUUAAUGCAACCUAAAAGACAUUCUAUUGAAACGACACACACACACACACAUUCCAGUUCUAAAUCUAAAGUAAACGUACAGUUUUAUAUCUACACGCAAGGAAAGCCAGCAAGUCUGGAAAAUGUGAAUCUUUGGAUCCGUUGUGAUACAGGUGUAAAAGAAAAACCGCAUAAAGAAACAAAUUUUAACAGUAUAUUCAAAGUUAUAGUAUUCAAACCGUGCCUUUCUGUGUCGCCAGCAGAAAAAAACGAUUCUUGGAUUAAGAAAGAGGAGAACCGAUAGAGGAAGCUCGAAAGUGGAGCGGGAUCAGGAAUAAACAAACAAACACAUUACGAGAGCUUACAACUCAAUCAAAAAAGCAAUUUUGCUUUAAGGGAGCAAUGUGUACUUCAACAUCAAACUCUAAGACUUAACAGAAAGACAGUACUUAUAUGAACGAAAAAAUGCAGCAAGAGAAACAUACCGAAUGGUGUGAGGAUAUGAGAUGAACCAUUGAUAGAACAUUUUAGAUCGUUUGUUG